AGACAAUCGACCAAUCAGAAAGCGGCGUUCCCCAAGCCCCGCCUCCUUCCUUCCCGACUUCCAGCACAGGAAUGAUAGAGUUCUAGAGGAGCUAACAUUGCUAAGCUAACUUAGCCCCAAACAAUGGCGUCAUAGUGGACACAUUUAGCUGUUUUAUCCUCAUGGAAGCAACGUCAACACACCUCGCUCGACGUCAUGUUGCCUCGACCGCAUUUCUUGCUGCUUUUGGCUCUUUUUCUCAGCAGACCGGAACUACCGGGAGCCAACUUGGCCCCCAGCGCCGCGGACAGUCUGGUAUGGGGUCCCGGACUCGAACCUAACGUUGUCCUGCCAGCUCGGUUCUUCUUCAUCCAGGCAGUGGACAACUCCGGGAAAAAUCUAACGACAUCACCCGGGGAGAAAACAUUUCAGGUGAAGAUUGUGUCCCCGUCAGAACAGUUCCCCAGGAUUUGGAUUCAGGUCCUGGAUCGUCGGGAUGGGUCAUUCCUGGUUCGCUACAGAAUGUAUGCCAGCUACACGGACGUUCACAUUCAUGUUCUGCUCAAGGACAAACACGUGGCCAAGUCUCCAUUUAUCCUAGCAGGCCCAGUCUACCACGAGGGCUGUGACUGUCCGCAGCCCGACGGCUCAGUCUGGCAGAACCACAUGCACUGCCCUAAGUCCUACGCCCAGAUAGACCAGGACCUGUCCCACUUUAACAAUGUCGACCCAGAUCGCAACGCCCAGGAGAUCCCGCAGCGCUUUGGUCAGCGACAAAGCCUCUGCCACUACACCAUCAAAGACAACAAGGUCUAUGUUAAAACACACGGAGAGCAUGUGGGCUUCAGGAUCUUUAUGGACGCCAUCCUCCUGUCACUCAGCAGAAAGGUGAAGCUACCUGAUGUGGAGUUUUUUGUCAACCUGGGUGACUGGCCACUCGAGAAGAGGAAGGACUCGCAGAAGCUGCAUCCCAUCUUCUCCUGGUGUGGCUCCAACCUCACCAGAGAUAUUGUCAUGCCCACUUAUGACCUGACCGAGUCGGUCCUUGAGACUAUGGGAAGAGUAAGCCUGGACAUGAUGUCCGUGCAGGCAAACACCGGGCCACCGUGGGCUGAGAAGAAUGCCACGGCCUUCUGGAGGGGGCGGGACAGUCGCCAGGAGCGUCUGGAACUGGUCAAGCUGUCCAGGGCCCACCCCAACAUGAUAGAUGCAGCAUUCACCAACUUUUUCUUCUUCAAACAUGACGAGAGCUUGUACGGGCCGCUGGUCAAGCACGUGUCUUUCUUCGACUUCUUCAAGUAUAAGUACCAAAUAAACAUCGAUGGCACGGUGGCAGCAUACCGCCUGCCUUACCUUUUGGCCGGCGACAGCGUGGUAUUGAAGCAGGAUUCUGGCUACUACGAGCAUUUCUACAACCAGCUCGCCCCUUGGGAACACUACAUACCAGUCAGGGCCGACCUCCAAGAUCUGCUGGAAAAGAUCCAGUGGGCUCAAGAACACGACCAGGAGGCCAAGAAAAUUGCUCUUGCAGGCCAACAGUUUGCACGCAAGCACCUUAUGGGUGACAACAUACUUUGCUACUAUUACAUUCUCUUCCAGGAAUAUGCUGGACUCCAGGUCACAGAACCUAAGAUUCGUGAGGGGAUGGAGCUGGUAGAACAGCCCAGUGAUGACCUGUUUCCGUGUUCCUGCCUUCGGACGCAGGUGAAGGAUGAACUUUGAUGACUUCCAAGAAGACCAGACAUCUUUUUUGAUGUUUGUCACAUAUUGUGUGAUACAUGUUAUUACCAUAGUUUGACUACAUCAUGACUUGAAUAUUGAAUGUUUUACAGUAUACGUUUUAAUAAAGAUUUUUUUACUCUUGGUAUGUAAA